AGCCACGGUAGAAUUGAUUAGUAAAAGUUUUUCCCUGAAAAAUUGAAUUUUCUUCAGACUAAAAGGAUAUUGAAUAUUUUCGAGGUACAUAAACGGAGUACAGCCGAUAUUUAAGAAGAUCUUCAAAAUGAUACAAGGUUUGUUCAGAUACAAACAGGUACAUUUAAACAAGCAGAUUGUACCCGUGUUUGAUUUUUUCCACUAGGAUUAGAUCGUUGUCAUAGAUCACCUAAGAAGAUUAUGAAUUUUUCAGUAAAAAAAAAAUGUUCGAGUGCUUUAAUUUAAACAGCUUUUUAGAUAUCAGCGUUUAUAUAAUCAAGAAAAUUGUAUAAAUGUGACGAUGCAUGUACAUACUUGUAUUAUCAAUACAAAUACAAUUACAAAUAACAACGAGCGGGACGAGUUAAUGUAGACCGAGGAUUGUAAAGUGUUGAUGUUUAGUCUUUGAUCGACUGUCAUUCUGGCAACAAUUAUGAGGUUCUUGAUACUCGUUCUCGUGGCCCUUUGCUUUACCUCUAAAUCCUUAGCAAAGAAAGGAUUUGGUCCUGGAGAACAAGAAUGGGGAUACGUGACGGUUCGUCCGAAUGCAAACAUGUUCUGGUGGCUGUAUUACACCACUGCAAAUGUUCAAUCCUACUAUGAAAAGCCACUGGUUAUUUGGCUGCAAGGUGGGCCAGGUGCAUCGUCCACCGCUUAUGGAAAUUUCGAAGAACUUGGACCUCUGGACGUCGACUUAAAACCAAGAAAUUACACUUGGGUUAAAGAUUACAAUGUUCUUUUCAUCGAUAAUCCAGUGGGGACGGGCUACAGUUACACCACGUCACUGUCGGCAUUCGCGACGACGAAUGCACAAAUUGCAAACGAUCUUUUAGAAUGCAUGAAAGGAUUUAUAAAGGAGCUACCACAGUUUUCAAAUGUGCCUACAUAUAUUACCACCGAAUCGUAUGGAGGAAAAAUGGGGGCGGAAUUUGCCCUUACCUGGUAUAAGGCUCAGCAGGCAGGAAGCAUUCAGAGUAACUUGAAAGGCGUUGCUCUCGGUGAUGCUUGGAUCUCCCCCAUUGAUUCAGUGAUGACUUGGGCACCAUUUUUACAUGCCACGGGUAUGAUCGACCGCGCCGGUUACGAAAAAAUCGACCAAGUGGCUCAGAUGACGAAGCAAGCUGUAGAACGGGGCACGUGGAAGACAGCAACCGUUUUAUGGGCAAAUACGGAGAAUGCAAUUUAUGAUGUUACCGGCAAUAUCGACUUCUACAACAUCUUGACGAAAAUGACGUCCACCAACACACGUAUCCUCAAUAUAGAGAAACUUUUAAUGUCCAUCAGAAAACUGAUGAAUGGUCCCGUGAAAGAGGAUCUUGACUUACCCGUCGAUCAUGGUAGACAAUCCAAUACUGUGUUCGCCAACUUAGCGGAAGACUUUAUGAAACCUGUUAUUGAUAAAGUGGAGCAGCUGCUGAAUCAGACUGACUUGAAAGUGGUGGUGCUGACUGGUCACAUGGAUCUUAUAGUUGACACUCCAGGUACCAUUAACUGGGUUGAAAAACUAAAGUGGAAGAACGUCACUGCCUGGAACAAUGCAAGGAGAGUUCCAUUGGUUGUAAAUAAUAUCAUCGAGGGAUACUCGAAGUCUCAGGGUAAUUUCGCGUUAUACUGGGUGAACAGAGCUGGGCACAUGGUACCAAAGGAUAAUCCUAAUGGAAUGGCACAAAUACUGAAAGAUUUCGCGAAUUAAUGCUCUCUGCAGUUUGAUUAAAACAAUUUUAGAAGACAAAUAAAGGCAUCGUUCAAAUAA